CGUUACACUUUAAAAGGGUAAAUUUUAUGGUGUGAGAAUUAUAUCCCAUUUUUUAAAAGCCACAAUAUCACCAAAAUGUCAGAAAAAAUUAAUAAUAAUCCUUCAUAUUAGGGAUCUUAUCCAACACUCCAUCAGGGUUCAUUUCCUGAUUAUCUCAUAAAUAUUUUUAUUUCCCACUGUUUUUUUGAGUUGCAUCCUGACAAGGUCCACAGGCUGCACGUAAUUAACACAUGGAUAAAUGUCUUUAAACCAGAAGGUCCUCUCCCCAGCUCCUUUCUUGGAAUCUGUCGGGGGAAGGACCCAGGCCCUUUGCAUCUCCCCACGGCCUGUGUUCUGCUGCACCCCUGGCUGGGAGACCCCACAUUCUCAGCCUGGCUGGCAUCCCGAGCGGGCCACCCACCCCCAGGGGCAGCUGGCUAGAUGCAGGUGGCUUGCUGUAUCAAGGGCACCACGAGGCUGGGGCUGGGACGGACAGCCAGGGUGCGAGGCAAACGGGAAGGGCUAGGCCUUAUCUGCAAACCGUUUGCUGAAUGAACAGUGGUGGUUGUCAGAGAGACCAGGAGGUCCCCACAAACAAGACACUCCCCAGGCCCUCUUACCUGCCACGCAGCACGGAUGUCACAGGCCCUCCCACUCCUGCAGCCAGAGCUCUGCCCGGCCCUGUGCGGAGGUGGGAGCUGGAAACCUGGGUCUCUGUCCUCAGCCAGGUGGCUUCCACGUCCCCCUUUCAUCAGGCAGACGCCAAACUCCCAUCCCGGCCCAUAAGGCUUUGCCGGGCAGGACGGGCCACCCUCCGUGGGCGGCUCCUGAAGCUCACUCUGCUAUUGUACGCUGGCCAGAUUCCGCCCAUUCUCUGAACACACCCACGUCUUUCCCUCCUCAGGGCCCUUGCACCUGCUGUUCCCGCCGUGUCAAUGCUCCCCCGGCACACACAACCAUUUUUCACCUGGCGGCCCUUCCUGUCCUCCUCCCUAAUGUCCCUCCGGCCCCUGUCACUACACCCUGGCUCUCUCUGUUUUCAGUUCUUGAUGGACCCUUCGCAUCUCCCCUAACUCUUUUCUCUUUUUUUGCCAGGUUUGGUAAUUCUUAUUCUCUCUUAACCAGAAUCUCAGCUCAGUGACGGUGGGACCCUGCGCCCAGACUCAAGCACAGAGAAGGUGGGUGGGUGGGUGUGUGGGUGAAGGACCCGGGGGGUGUGCUGGGCAGGGGUUCUCUCCCUACCGCACACAUGGGGAAACAGAGGCCUGGACAGAGCUGAGCUCCAUCUGGGGAAAAAUCCAGGGCUGCCCCCUGGGCACCCCCAGCUCCCACGUGGUGGACGGGGACCCCGAGGGCAGCCGAGGGGCGGGCACCCCCUUCCUCCCUCAGCCCUCUGCUCUGCCUUCCCGGGCUCCCUGCCCUGGCCGCCAGCCUGGAGGACGACAAGGGCCAUGACAGGUGGGAAGAGCCCUGUGAAGUGGGCACAACUUCUGCAGAAGGCGGGGGUAGGAGGGGCAGACACCAGGGUGGGAGCCCUGGGCCUUGUGGGCCUGGACCCACCCUGGCCUGGAGACACAGCGGAGCCAGAUGAAAUGCAGGACACCAGGGCCCCCAUAUUUUUACUUGCUGGAUCUGGCAACCUGCUUAGCGGGAUGGCAGUGCCACUGCGGGGUGCCAGGCGGGCAGCUGCGAGGCCAGCGGGAUCUGAGGGCGUGCCGCCGUGGGAAUGGCAGGCCGAGGGGUUCCUGGGGUCCCAUCUUGGGGAAGCGCUGUUCCCGGUCGUCAGUCCUGGCUGCCAUUUGUCCCACGGACACACAGCAUGGGUCCCACAGCCCUGGUGGACGAUACUGAGGAUGUAUCCCUGGAUUUUGGCAACGAAGAGGAGCUGGCCUUUCGGAAAGCCAAGAUCAGGCACCCCUUGGCCACUUUUUUCCACCUGUUUUUCCGAGUGAGUGCCACUGUCACCUACGUGUGCUGUGACUGGUUCAGCAGAAGCUUUGUGGGCUGUUUUGUCACUGUGCUUCUCCUUCUGUCCUUCGACUUCUGGUCUGUGAAGAAUGUAACCGGAAGACUCAUGGUCGGCCUUCGCUGGUGGAACCAGAUAGAUGAAGACGGGAAAAGCCACUGGAUUUUUGAAGCCAGAAAGGUCACUCCAAAUAACAUGGCUGCCACGGAAGCUGAGGCGCGAAUCUUCUGGCUUGGCCUCGUUAUCUGCCCGAUGAUUUGGAUCGUGUUCUUUUUUAGCACCUUAUUUUCCUUGAAGCUAAAGUGGCUGGCCCUCGUGAUAGCUGGGAUUUCUCUCCAAGCCGCUAACCUGUAUGGCUACAUCCUUUGUAAGAUGGGCGGCGAGAGUGACAUCAGCAAAGUGACGGCCAGUUUCCUGUCCCAGACGGUGUUCCAGACGGCCUGCAGCGACUUCCAGAAGCCUGACCUCGAGGGGCUGGAGAUCCACCAGCAUUAGGUAACUUCUCUGGGACCUACUCUCGACAGUACUGCUGGUCCAGGGUGGACCCCAACCGCUUUUUAAAAAUUCGACAGAAACCAUUCCUAAGGACGCACCCAUCUGCUUUCCACCACCAUCCCCGGGCCAGGUCCCUCCACCCUCCAGCCACCCGAGCAGUGUCCUGCUCGCCACACGCCAAGAUCCCCCUCCACAGGGCCCCAGAGUGCUCUGAACCUGUCACACCGCUCCCUGCCCCAGGCACCCUCACACGCUGCACCUGUCACGCCGUCGACACAGCAUCACGUGUGUGCCCACGUGUCACCGUGAGGGCGGCCUGGGCUGUUGUAUUGCCCUGGGGCCUGGCCAGGGCCUGCCCUUAGCAGGUGCUCAGUGAAGGGUGGUCCUGGCUGAAUCAGACAGACCAACACACCCCCUCUGUUGUGCUUCCUUAGGAGUGGAGACGAAUACCACAAGGAGCAGUUCAACUGAAGGAAGAGUCUGUGGGUUUCUUGGGAUCCCUUAGGAUCGACGGCGAUAACACUGAAGCGCAGCAGAGAGCUGCCUGCUGGAUCUCCUCAAGACGGGACUGCCCACUGCUCCCUCCCCAUUCUGGGUUCCACAUGGCCUCCGUGGGACUGCUGGAGAAGGAGCUGGGCAUUGCCGAGGAAGGGACAAGGACCACAGCCGCUUAUCCAGAAGUCCCUGUCCAUGCCCCAGCCCUGUUCUGUGGAAAACUAGGGUGAUUUCCUAAGGGUUCUGAAGUGUGAAUGGAAGAGGCCCCACAGACUGUGGGGGCUUGAUGUAUGACACAGAAGGGAGAUGUGGCCAUGAGGGACGAUCUGAAUUGUUACAGCACCAGUAGGCUCACUGGCUUCGGGAAGGGAAAUUUAAACAGCAGUUUUGAACCACUAUUGUUUAAUCGGUGGACUAAAAACCAAAAAGGUGGGAUGCUUAUGUGCCAACUGCAAAUGCCUGGACCAACGAUAAAUAAAGGUUUCUGCUGCGGAGCACGCGUUCUAAGGAGCCGCUUCGAGACCAGGAUCUCGGGGCCGUAGGAGCAAGAACCCUGCGGUCGUGGCACAUUCUGGGCCCAGCCCCACCGGGCAU